GUCAGCGGAACGCAGCAUGGUACUUUGAAAAUUUAUUCUAAUAUGAUGAAAUAGUUGUUGCAUAAAUAUUGUAAUAAUCAAAUAAGUUUAUGUGCGUUCAAUUAUGUCUUAUAAGACUCUUAUCGACUUUGUAGUGAAGUAUCACAAGCCACGGCUUCUAAAUAAUGUCGUGUGUUUUCCAAGCAAUGGGAACUCAUACUUCGGACGUCGUCUAGUUAUUUCAUCAGCAUUACCAACAACACCAAGUAUUUCAGCAACCAGAAGGUUUACUACGAGUGUUUCAAGAUUUGAUAAUGCACUACAACAGAAAAUUAAUACAACAGAAGGAAAAUUUCAACUCAUGUUUACAUGUAAGAAAUGUGAAACUAGAAAUUCCAAGUUUAUUUCUAAGCAAGCUUACUACAAAGGCGUGGUGAUAGUUAUAUGUGAUGGCUGCGAGAACAAGCACUUAAUAGCAGACAAUCUCAACUGGUUCUCCGACAUGAAUGGCAAAAAGAAUAUUGAGGAUAUCAUGGCAGAGAAGGGAGAAACUGUACAAAAAAUAAUGUCUGAUGAUCUAGAGUAUAUUGCCAAAGAAAUUACAGAGAAUAUUGAAAAGGAAAAACUUCCAGGAUAGUCUAUUUUAUUAAUAUAUAUAAAUGUGUACA